AAGUUUAAAUUUCACAAUAAAAACUUACUUCUAUUCUAGAUAAUAUUAGGUAAUCUCAAUAAUAAUAAACCAAACAUGACUACCUGCGUCUCUCCCUCUCAAGUGCAUUACAACAAAGGUACUUUGCACAUGGGAAGUUAAACCUUCAAAUGCUAGAAAACUUUUCCAAUUUCCGAUUCAAACCCGAUAAACUGAAAACUUUUCGAAACUCGGUAAACCCUACCCGAAAUCUUUUCAUUCAAAGUUAAUCUCCCAUUUCAAUAAAAGUUAUUGUAUGCAUUGUCCUGCUCCCUUUAAUAUAAUAUAAGCUGCUCCUUUUUUUGAUGACUUCUAAAAGUGUCAAAAACUUUUCACGAGCCGAAGUAUCAAAAUUAAGCGCCACCUACAGUGAAUAAACUAAACGAAAAUCACCAAGUUGCCGCAUCCCGCCGCUAGAUGUCUACCAUUGACCCAGUUCUCGCUUCUCGUAAAAAUAGCGCCGUACAAUAGCUCAAACACUAUUUAUAUCGCGUAUCUCGAAAAUCUGAGUCCACAUGCUUAUCUGAAGCCUUGCCAUCAUCUCACAGAAUCAGCUGAACUGUACGCCUACCGCGCAACGCACAGUUUAUACCUAUAUCUAAAAAAUACAUGCAAAAUCGAUACGCGCUCAGUUGUUUUCUGUCCCACAGUAGUCCUCGCUAGCGUUAGCAUAGUAAACAAGGGAUCAUGUUUUAAAGAUGGAAGUUAAAAGAUACAUUAGGAGUGAAUCCGCGAGUUGUGCUCAUAUGGUCGAAGAAAGUGCAGCGAAUAAUAGAAAGAGCGUAGAUCCUCAUGAGAAGUUGAAAGCAUUGUUGAAUUCCCCUGAAGAUGACACGGAUGACAGCUUGCCUCCUUCUGACGCUCCUAAAUUUGGGACAGUUAUCCACAACAGGAUAUUCGUAGGAGGAUUUUCAUUGACGACGACGGAUGAGGACUUGUGGAAGUUUUUUUCUGGGUUCGCGACUGUGACUGCUGCGAGGGUCAUUUACGACAGAGCUGGAGUGUCCAAGUGUUAUGGCUUUGUGACAUUUGCUAGUCCACGGGUCGCGCGGCUCAUCGUCAAACAGAGUGGAGGUGUUAUGUUCUCACCGCUGGGCCGUCUGCGAGUGGCGCAGGCGGUCAGAAAGCAGAUGAGCCAACUGCCAGUCCUAGGUUCCGAAGCGGCGCCGCUCCCCGCCCCCCUCUGCUACCAGCUACUGUGCGCGCCCCCUCUGGCGCCAUUACCUGCGUGCGCGCCUUGUGAGCUGCCCCCUCCACCAUACGCCAUGUAUCCACUGCCGUUUGACAGUACAUACAUCAUUGAUAGACAAGCAACCCCAGCGCUCUACGCCCCACCAACGCAAUACGCUCUAGUACCAGCGCCAUACUCCACCUGCUGCGAGCCCACAUGCUGCGCCCCCCUCGACAAGCAGCCCCGCGUCCCGCCACCCCCUCUCCACCCAGCGUAUAUCUACUGAACUAUUCGUUGAGGGGUUUGCGAUGAAGAUUAAAUCCUAUUUAGAAUUUUGUCCAUUUGCAAUGUGAAGUCGAAGACUAGAUGCUGCUUUCAAGGUUUAUUCUGGAUUCCUUAGUGUGUGAUUCCGUUGUCAUAUGUUCUGUAAUAUCUAUGAACGGUUCAUUCCAGCUAAAAUUAACUUGUCGGUAGAAAUGGACCAUCUGCAACAUCAUCUGGAAUAACAUACCUCCACCUAUAAGGAACACACCAUCAAUUAGUUCAUUUAAAUGUAAAUUUAAAAAACAUAUUUUAAACAUACAAUUGUUAUAAAUAUUGGGUAUACUCCUGUGCCAUCACUAUGCCAUGUACUAGAACGAACGCCUACCCUAUAAUUUAUUUCGCCUUGAAUAACGACUAACUGACUGUUUAGGUACCGUAAUUUAAAUAAUUUAUUUGUUAUUGUAGUAUUUAAUUGAAUAACGAUUAUAGCCUUAUGAUAUUUACUUGAAACUUUUGUAUUUAAAUAUAUAAAAUUUUGUACUUUAGCGUGUUGCGCUCUUUCGGAAAAGUUUCCACGGAAGACCAGCGUCGAGAUCCUUAGGUGGUAUCUUGACAUUAAGCUGAGUGGAGAUCUUUUCAGUGACGCUUAAUAAUAAAUUGGUUCUGUCGUCUCAUAAAUUACCUAAACUUAAGCGUUUUCUGAAUAAAUUUCUUCUAUUCUAUUCUAUUCAAUACGUAGGUGUAGGUACCUAAAGGAUAACAACAGAAGGUGUUAAUAAAAAUUAAAUACAGGAAUGGGCAAAUAUAUUUUUUUGUAAAUUGUUGACAUGUUUAUAAUACACCACAUUUGACGAUUUGUAAACGAGAGAGUUCAAGCGAGCAAUAUGGAAUAUUAGGAUAGUAUUGCUGCUAGAAAAUUGUAUACCGAUGUGUUAGGGGAACCACGACACAAAAAUUUUACUGUCACACAUUAUAGAAGUUUUAUACGCCAUGAAUAUUAUUGUUUAAUUUUCUUUGUAAAGCAGCAUCUAGUAUAUCAGCCCCGUUGCAAUAAUCCCUCAUUUCAAGUUAUUUUGUGAUUUUCCCACCGGACUCAAAGCUAAAUUCAAAUCAGUUUUUAUUUUGAAACGUUCAUUUACUCAAGUCUUCCAAUCAUCACCAUGCUCAAGGCUACUGUCUCUUACAUUAUUUUCUUUCCUUAAGAAUAUGCGAUGGAUUUCAUUGUUGACAAUGAAAAGUUAGGAACGUUUAAGUGAUGCAAGAAGUGUUCAAUUAGACUUUUGUCUAAUCAGGUGUGUUGUUUUUGACGAUUUUGUCUUAGGGCGUCUAUCUCUUACAUUGGUAACGAUGUAGUUAGCCUCAGUUAGGAUGUAAGAGUGAACAGGUUUCACGUGCUAUCAUUAUUAUUAUACGUCUAUAGAUGCAUCAAAUCGUAUGCUUUAGUUCAUUGAUAAGUAAAAGAUUUAGGUACAAAUAGUGAAAAUAUAAUCACAUCACCACAAUAACAUACUUAUAUCCUUUUAACAUUAAUGCUCCGAUGUGUUUUACCUACAUCAUAAUUGUUAUUAUGUUAAAUAGUUUAUUUAUUUAAGUUAAAUAAUUUAUGAUGAUGUAGGUACUUGUUAACAGAACAUGGUCUACUAUUUUAAAUAAGUAAGAGUAAUUCUUCAAAUCUGUCUUGGUGUUGUGGCUUACAUGUUGCUAUUGUAAUUUAUUUAUAAAGAAAGUAUACAAUAAAAAUAGUCCUUGUAAUAAUUUGUUCAAUGGAUCUUUUGAAAGUGGUUUGAAACAUCUAUAGAAAUAUUCAUAAGCGUAAGAAUGUGCGUGGCAAGCACAACGAAUUAAAGCACAAAGAUAAGUUGCUAGUAUAGAAGACAUUACCUCUAAAAGACAGAUUUGUUACUGCUUGUUAUCCUUUUAAAGGAGUUUUGUUUACCCUAGUAUAAGAUUGUUUUCGGAUUCCCAUACCUAGAACAGAGAGAAAUAUUUUUUAAAUAUUUAGUUUUUAAUGUUACUGUUGAAACAAGUCUGGGGUCCAAAAUGUGAUAAGGGACUAUCGAUUUUAGAUCACCAACUAAUACCAACAAGAAUUUAUAAAUUGACAAAUUUAAAACAAUUAUGACACACGUGGUGAUUCUAAAGCCAAUAAUCCUUUACCCAAUGUUUUAAUUGUGUUGGAAAAUUUUAGGCAUAUUAUUGAUAAUAAUCCUGCAAUAACUAAUGAUAAUGUUAUAGGCGAAAUGUCUGCUACACAUUUUGAUAAAAAAACAAGUUGAUAAUAAUGUAGAAAAGGGGCAAUGUUCUCUGGUACUGAGAAUUCAUAGCACGGUGAUGUUUUUCACAAGCUUGCAAGCAUGCUAGCAGUCGAUUUGGAUCAUCGUGUUAACGAUUCAAUAGACCAUUUUUUAAUUGUUAAGUUUAAACCUUUUAAAAGACAAUCAAUAAAGCAUGAAGAAUGUGAUAAUGGGAUCUUUGUAGCCAUAGUUGUGUUUCUUAUAGAUUUAUAGAAUAUCCAAUUUACUAAAACCUAAAAUUUAUUUGUUGCAAGGAUAAUAGGACCAAGUAUCCGAACUUUCAUAUUGCUUUUGAAUGGGAAUAAUAAUAAAAAAAUCUAUACGUAACGUUGUACGUGAAUGUUAAUCAUUUGGAUGUUGUAUUUUCUCACUAUUUAACAGCUGACGUCAUUUGACAUCUUUGGUAACAUAUUUGGUGACAUAAGGUAUAUAUAUCUCAAACACAGAUUAUGAAAUUGUUAAGAAUAUUACAGCUCAAUGACGAAAAAUCUAAAUACUCUAAAAAAACCAAGAAAUAGAGAAUCAACAUGAUCCAGAAGAAUAUAAAGUGAUAUAAUUAAAACACGUAUUUUGAACAAGAUUCUUAAAAAUAAUUAAAGAACGAUAUACACUAGUUUUGAGACAUGAUAGCAACAAAAGCUAAUAUGUAAGUAUUAGAACAGUUUGGUGUGUUCACCAAAGUAUGUCAAAUGACCAGCCUUAGUUGUAAGGCUUUAUCUCAAUUACUAUAUUAUGAUACCUCGACAUCAUAUACGACUAGUGUAACCAAAAAUGCUGUCAAUUUAUCAUCUUUUUACGAACUACUACUGUUAGUUAUAAGUUUAGAAUAAUCGCAAAGCUUCACUGCUCAAAGCGUACUUUUUGACUCGGCUUGUGAAUUAUGUUCCUUUAAAUUUACUUUAUCAAGUCUUUUAUUAAUUUCACCAACAUCAUGUGUCAAACACAAUUCGGGGUGUUUUUAUUAUUUUCCAUCUUUGAGUUGUUGUUUGGCACAAAGGUGAUGAUGAUUUACAGUCGUUUACUCAAGUACAAGAAUUUUUAAAUCUAUCAUAGUAUAUUUAAAUAUCUCUAUCACUAUCAAUGCUUGUACCAACCUUACGUGGCCUAGUGUCUUUACUGCCUAACAUAUCGAAAGUAAUAAAUCAGUAUGCUAUAGUUAUUUAUUUUAUAUGACUUGUAUAUAAUCUCUCGCUAGAUCGUAUAGGUGUGAAAUUAAACGAUGUAAUUUAGACAAUAUUAAUGUAAUCGAAUAGGCUAUUUAAUAUACUUAAGUAUAUUUUGUGAGUGUAAGUCAUGUCUUAAGUAAAUUGGCUUGAAAUGUUGUGAUUUUAAGAUCCAAUUCACUAACUUUUAACUCUAGUUAAUAUAAAUUUAGGUGUCAUGUUGAUUUGUAUUAUAUUUGUAGUGAUAUAUGAUCUAGAUUUCAGUGUAGGUGUAUUUGUAUGUAGCGUGCGAUAGCUUGCCUCAGGUAGCGGAUGCUAUCAAUUACUUCACAAACCAUUUUAUAUAAACCUUCCGUCCUGAAUUCUAUUCGUUGAUUAUCAGUUGUAUUUACCAAAAAUAUAUAAAAACUUAAACUAAUUUAUUUAUUUAUCUUGAUCCUUACACUUUAUUUCAUAUGUAUUUGGUUAGGUUUAUUUUAAUUGUUACCUACCAUAAUAUUAUCUUGAAAUAUCUUAACAACGAAAUGUUUUAUAAUAACUUUACUCUCACCAACUUCAACAGCUAUUUUUUCAUGACUUCUAGGAUGUUUGCUACAACUGUACGAAGUUUUGUUUUAAAAUUGUUAAGCUCUCGAGCAAAUCCGUCUCCUUCAUAGUUGUAAAGUACAGGGACGAUGACAAUACAGUUGCGAUUGGUGUGCUUGUGUUGUAUCUCAGGAUGUCAGGAUGAAUACAUUUCACGUUUGUUAAAUUUUUAUAAAACAACUUUAACCUACACUAAUAAUCAAAUAUUUUCCUAGUAUUUGUUUACUCAAGAUAAAAACUCUUCUUUAUUUAUCGUUCUGUUUAUUUAUUUUUCUUCUUAAGUUAGAUUGUUUAUAACACGAAUAUAAAAGUAAAAUACAAUUAUUAUGUUAUUAUAAGCUAUAUAAGCUUCCUAAAAUUCUAUUAUGAAUAAAGUUUUAUUUGAUUUUCCCGCUAAAAUCACUACGCGAUUGCAAAAUUAUGAUAAAGAUUUGACUGACUUGUAUUUGAAAGGAAAUCUUCAAUUUCCCCCUUGUUGAUCAUCUGUGUUGUCGUGAAGUAGGUCCUUGAUGACAGAAUAGAAUAUAAUUAUAAUCUAGAAGUUAACUUUGCUGCUGUAAGAAUGAAUGAUACCAGUGUAUAUCUAGUUUUGAUUCGCACAUUCAUAGACUAGGAUAUAUCUUCGUCUAAGGAAAAAGUCCAAAAAAUCCUCAAUUUUGGAAUUUUGUUUACAUGUUCUUUGCCAAUUGUUGGAUAGUAUAUGUUAUUCAUUUUAUGUGAGAUUAUGAUUUUAAUAUUAAACCAACAAAUCUAAAUGUAACUAGCAGUCGGGUUUCUAACAGGAAUAUAACUUUGUGGAAUUUACCCUUUAGACUUUUACAUUUUACUCAUUUGUAUAAAAUCAACAUUUCGAUUUGUAAUUAAGGUUGAAUUUGAGCACUUAUCUCUACUUCACGCGAAUUUUCCUUGAGUAGGCAAAUUUAUUAUGUUUAUUGCUUGCUUAAUUAGUAACCCGCAAAAUCAUCAUUAGGAAUUGUAAAAAUGUUACCCGAAUUUUAAAUAUUCGCAAUCAUAAUCUCACUGCAUCUCAAACACAUUUUGGAAACCUUUACAAGUGAAUAGGUAUGUAGACCGAUAAUUGUUUUUGAUCAUCAUACCUUUAGAUGUACUGUUUAAAAUAAGUGUUUAUGUUGGAUUCUAUAAAUAAUGAACAGCCAGGUUUCGAACAUCUUAGACUUUUUGGAAAAUGAAUUUAAAUUUAUUAUUACAUUUUUUGUUUAGUCGAGCGAAAAAACAUACACCAUGUUGCUAUAAUUUUCUCCGAUACGAAAAAUAAAUAAAUGACAAAUAAUUAUAUACUUCUGUAGGGCUAAGAUGGUCGGCUCUUUAUCAUUUAUUACCAUGCCUGUCACGUUCUAACAAGUAUGUAAGUGCAAAAGUGACGGACAUAGUGACAAGCGAUAAAAAUGGAACCAUGCUGCCAUUGCAGUUGUCUAUUUCUUUAAUUUAUAUUGGUUUAAUUUUCCAAUAAUAUAAUUUGGUGUAUUGCUGUUUAUAUUUUAAUUUAGGUAAAAAAAAAUUAAAACACCGAGUAAUGUCAAAUUAAAAAAAAAAAUAGGAAAUUUAUUACUGGUAGUAUCGGAAAACCUGACGUGUCACACGGAAAGCGGUCGGGAGCGGGAGCCGGCUGAUGUCCGCGGCGAGCAUUGGAGCCGUCCGGCGACUUUUUUGCACGCGAGGGACAUAUACUCAUUUUGUGCUGAUAACUUUAAAUCCUGAACAAAACUAGCAGCAACUAGUUAGCGUAGCGUCACCAAUGUCAAAUACUCUUGUCACAAAGUUUACCGCUACCACCAGUUUUGACGUUGUUAUUACUUUUUAUAGAUCUCUCUUGCACUAAUAUGCGAGUACGAGCGAGAUGCAUAGAAAUUAAGUUACGUAGACGUGAGCGAAUAUAUCAAUGUCAAAACUGGUGGUAGCGUUACAGACCACUAGUAAAAAAAAAGUUAUUGAAAGCGUCAUAGUGCAUGUAUGAAUGCAUAGUAGUAUUCGUAGAAAUUCGUUAAAACCGGUCUAAUUUUGUUAGACAAAUUUGUUAGUCUUCCACAAAUAUUGAAAUGACAAAUUAAAGUAUUUUGACGUGCUGAGUUGGUAAUGGACUAUACAUUUUCGGAUAUACCGUAUAUAUAUUUUUUCUUGUUUUUUUUGUAGGAUCUAAUAAUAGUCGUAUAACAUUGUUAUUUAGAUAAAAUAACGACAUAUGAAAAGUAGUUGAUCGUAAAAUUUAAUUUGAUAUAUUAAAAUUGUUUUUUUUUUGGCAACAGAAGAAUAAUAUAUUUACCUUAAAAAAUAAAAUAAAAGGAAUUAUAUAUAUUAAGCACAACAAAUUUCAUUAAUCAUUCCGUAUGGAACAUAUCUCUAAUAAUUUAAAUAAUAAUUAGUGCUAAAACUGGGUGCACCACAUUACCAACUCAACGCAAUAUAUGCCGUUAAUUUGUUCCGUUUUAAUAGUUUGUGCUAAAUUAUAUUCAUUUGUUACACAUUAAACUAACAUAUAGUUACUGAUGUGAUUAUUUUCAGUGUGAUAGUUAUAAAAUUAUAGCAAUACAUAAUUUAAUUGUUGACUACUUGUAAGAUCCAUCCGUACGCAAAGCUUCAGACUAUUAGUUACUAAUAUAUUAACAAACAACACACCAGUGUUAGCCGAAGGUUAAUUAGAAUUGGCCAUUAACCAUUACAAAUUGAACCGUAAACUUUAACAGAUGUUCAGAGUUUACGGUUCAAUUUGAAAUGGUUAUUGGUCAAUUGUAAUUAACGUUUGACAUACAACAUACUACCAAUCCUUUUAUCAUUGUAGUUUCUACGUAAUUUAUUAGUACUAUAUGAGAUUAAAUACGUGAUUAUAAAUGAUAAAGUAAGAUAACCACCCGUGAAUUUAUUAUUUAUGAAAUCAACUACUUUUGCGUAUCCAUAAUUUACCUUUACACAAAUUUAAUAAUGAUCGAUUGUAGCAACGAUUCAAUUUAAUUCGUAAUAAAUUGAAAUUAAAAAAACGACAAAUAAUGAAAACAUUUUUUAAAGUUGCUCAAACAUCGAUAUUUUUUUAACGUUACAAAAAAUAUCAAAAUAUACCGAAUUAUAAUGAAAUACUCUUUUUAUUAAAAAUAAAACAUCACAUUUUUCACGAUACUACAUUAUAUUACGAGUACUUACACACAAAAUCACGUGGCACGAAUAUAUGCGGGGAUAACAAACAAAAAUAAAAAUAAAAUGUGUACUUGGUUUUUAGAACAAAAAACUACAUUUGAUAAACCAUCGCUGUUUCGCUACGCACGUAAAAUUAAUAAGACAUUAGUAAUAAGACACGUAUAACUAGGAAUAAGAUGUAAAUGGCAAGAAAGAAAAGUAUUUUUGUCUUAUAUAUAGGCAGAACGUAUAGGAAUGUAACUCACACCAUUGUAUCAUCGAAUGUUCUUGUUGAUUGUUAUAUUAUAAUUAUAAUUAUUGUCUAGUUAUUAAUGUAUGUGAUAUUGUUAUUGGAAUAAUAGAUAUUUUAAAUGCUAAUUAUUAUUAUAAACCUAUUAUCCUUCUUGUUGACUUUUGUGUGUUAUAGCUUAAGUCUCUUAAGUAUUUAAUGUAAGAAAUUAAUAUAAUAAUAUGGAUGGAUAUCGAAUAGUUAUUUAAAAGUCUCUGCGUAUAUGAAAUAUAUUUAAAGCUUUAGGUAUUUUUGUUCCCUUAAGUAUAUAAUUUACCGUUUCACAGGAGCUAGAUGCAUACAUUAUUAUCGGAGUAAAUUUUUUGUCAUUUUGGAAAUUUUAAAUUGAUCACGUAUUUUCGUAUUAUAUCUGCAAACUGCGAUAAUUAUUUAAAAAAGUAAAAACUGCCACUUCUUUUAGGUAUUUUAUUAGAUAAUAUAAUAUGUAUAUCUAGGGUCAUAUAAGCAUAUACCUGUCAUGCCUUUAAUAUUCUCUCAAUAGACAAUACGCUGAUAUAGUAUACAAAUUAUAUUUAUAUUAGUUAUUUAUUCCAGUCAGAUAUAUAAAUUAAUUAUAAGUACAAAAAAAAAUGUCUUCUUAAAUGGUGUCAUUAAAAUUAAUAAAAGUAAAAAUGUCACAAUGAGACACCAAUAUAUUACGCCACACCUGUCAUAUAUGUCUUGUCUUGUCUAAUAUUUCUUCCUAUUAGUGAAAAUUAGACGCUAUUAAAAGUAAAUCAAAAUAUGUAUUUGCUUCAUUUUAUGUUUGAAAUAAAAUAUAUUGUUUAGUUUAGUAUUUUUUACAUAAUAUGAUAUUGUUUUUAUUGAUAAACAUACAUAAGUUCACGUGAGAUAAGAGAAAAAUAUUUUUCACCACACCAAUUGAUUGUUCAAAAACUAAUGAGAAUGUUGCAUUUUAUCCACAUGUGGGGCAAAGUAAUCAGAUGUACACAUUAAGUUUUUGUCUUAUGUUAGCUGGUAUAAUUGACUUUUAAAUGAUGAUUUUAAAUGUUAUUUUUUUAUCAUGUUCAUUUGGAUUUGUUUUUUUUGGAAUUUCAUAGAGAGUAUUUUUCUCGCGUUGGUGUGGUGAAAAUUUUUGUGUUUCACUCGGAGGCAAAGUUUGUUUAACUUGUGCCUCGUAACGCUUAAGAUUCCACUUCUCGAACCACUCGCUACGCUAGUGUUUCAAUUUUGGAAUAUUUCGCUUGCUCGGGUAUCAUUAUUAGCACAAGCGGUUAAACAAAAAAUUUGCCCCCUUGUAACAAAUAACUAUACUUUAUUUAGCUCGGGGCAAAAGGAACAGUAUUAAGAUUCCUUACAAGUGUUUCUCUUGUCCCAAUAUUUCCUUAUCCCAUCCAACCUGAGUUAUUUUUAAUCAUAUUGUUACUUAGGACGUGCGCUAGCUGGCGCGGUUGAACGGAGCGAGAGAGCGGCAGCCAGAGUCCCUUGUGUAAAUUUAUUCGAUUUCGUGACGUGACGUACGCGUUUGCGUUAAGCCUCACUGGUGCGUUGCGUUGCGUUGCGUCGUCGCAACGCAUUUAAUGUGACAUGGCAUAAAAAAAUAUGUGCAAAACGACGUAGAGUCGACGCUGCGAGGACGCCUGCGACGAAAACACGCAACGCAACGCACCAGUGUGGCAUACACUAAAGUAAAAUAGUAUGAGUAACGCUAACUGGCGCGGACGCGUGCGAUGGAUUUUACCUACUAAGGCACCCGCGUGCGGGCGCCCGCUCCGUGCACCCGCUCCAAUUAGCGGACGCCCAUCUUUAUUUGUUUUUCCGCGAGUGUCGUACCGACUCGUCCAUAUCACUGUAAAUGUGAAACAAAUUUGCAAAGUAGUAGUGUUAAGUACAAUAAUUACUACAAUGAAGCAAUAACGAAUAAUAUUAGAUUUAAGUCACAUAUAAUAAUUAAACUUAAUUAAUGGGUA